UCAAAAUUUACCAAAACUUUAUUAUCUUCUGAUCUUAAGGUACUAAAAAGUGCAGAUAGAGAAUCAUGUCAUCUGAGCCCUUCUGCAAUUCCAUUGUUCGACGUAUGGUGAGCCUUCCUCGCACCCUAAUGGGAGGUUUCUCACGAGUAAUUGGAAGAAGGAACUUUCAUCAACCUCUCAACUUUCACCUUCAAUUUCCACAGAAGCCAUUGAUUGUCCCAGAAGAAUGGGCAUUUCUAGCCAGUUUUGAGCAGCAAUAUGGUUCAACACAUCCAUUUUUCUUUGCGUGCAAGUUCUCGGAGACUUCAAAGAUAGCUGAGGAAGAGGGAAAGUUCAUGUUCAUGUACCUCCACUCACCAGGUCACCCCUUCACUCCCUCUUUCUGUCGAAACACUCUUUGCUCAGAGCUAAUAGUGCAGUUCCUUGAUGCAAAUUUUGUUUGCUGGGGAGCACUCGCAGAUAGAGUAGAAGGUCUGAAAAUGGCUGCAGCCUUGCAGCCUGCUAGCUUCCCAUUUUGUGCUGUAGUUUAUCUGGCUAAUGAUCAUAGUUUGGCAGUCCUACAACAGGUUCAUCCCUUGUUUAUUGUCUAUGGUUUCUAUAUCAAAGAUUGAGGGUCCAAUUUCCCCGGCUGAUCU